AUGAGGAAUCCCGUGGCCUGCGUGUCGUGCCGCAGCGCGAAGCAAAAGUGCCUGCACGACGACGCGCCGCCGUGCGAGCGAUGCCGGCAGUCCGGACGGGCAGCGCUGUGCGAGUUCCCAGCGCCAGGGACGUCCGCCAUCCACCGACGACCCAAACGCCCGCGGGCCUCUGAAGAAACGCCAGGCGGUGGGACUCCACCGGGCGCCUCAGCAGGCUCAGCAGGCUCAGUAGGCGCAGCAGGCGCAGCAGGCGCAACCCCCCUCUACCGCCAUGACGCGCAUGUGCCGAGUCCCACCCAUGCCGGCGCGCCGCUGUCCCCGCGAGCGGCAUCUGCGGUGCUCGACGGGCUAGACCCCUUUGACCUGUUGACGGACGAGGUCAAGAACAGCUACCUGCGUUGCUCGUACAAGUGGAGCUUCCACCACACGCCCACGCUGCUGCUGAGGAUCCGCGACCGCACCCUCGACCUGUAUCUUGCCUGGGCCGUGCUUGCCCUGGCUGUUCGCUUCGUCAAAGCCCCCCCCGCCGGCUUCACCACACAGACCGAGGCCAGCAAUGCCUACGCCGCCCGCGCCCGCCAGCUGCUGCAGGCCGACCUCGAGACGCCCAGCAUCAGCCGCGUCCAGGCGCUGCUCAUGCUGACGGGCCACGACUGGGGCGCAGGCAACGGACGCCGCGCAUGGAUCUACCUGGGCAUGGCUAUCCGCCUCGUCGAGGUCAUGGACCUGACGCAGGAGCUGAAGACGCCCCGGAACCGCAUGCCCACGCGCGAAGAGUUCAUCGAGGCCGAGGUGCGCCGCCGCACUGCCUGGACCUGCUUCCUCAUGGACUCGCUGCUCAGCGGCGGCAAGGGCCGCAAGCGCUCGCUUAACGCCACCGACAUGGCGAUUCAGCUCCCCUGCGAGCGCGAAGCUUUUGUCUUCGGCGAGCCCACGUGCACCCCGCACCUCGACGGCACUGUGCGCAUGCCGCCCAUGGCCCUGCCCCUCGGCGACAUCGGCAUCAUCGGCUACAGUUUGCGCGUCGCCAACAUCUGGGGCAAGGUUGCGCGCUGGGCCUGUACCGAUGACUUCAAGACGGAGCUGCCCUGGUCGCCUUCGUCGCAGUUCCAGCACCUCAUCUACGAGCUCGAGCGUUGGAAGAACGCCCUGCCCCACCGCUUGCGCUACGACCUCUUCUCCUUGCACAGCCACAACGCCGUCGAGCAGGGCCAGGCCUAUUGCUACACGCACAGCAUCUACUUCAUGAGCUACAUGUUCCUGCACCGCGCCUACCUGCCCGUCCUGGGCCCCCAUCAGAACGGCGCCGUGGGCGAAGAGACGCCCAACUCGUACAACGACCACACCGACAUGUGGAAGAGCUGGCAGAAGACGUCGCGCAGGGAGUUGUUCAAGGAGGCCACCAUGGUGCUGGAGAUGCUCGAAGAGAUGCGCACAUUCGGUGUCUUCUUUCUCCGCGGUCUCGUGCCCUGGAUUGGCUUUACCAUAUACACCGCUGUGGGUGUCAUGCUGUACUCCUUCAACUUCCCCAGCGCCGAAGAUGAUCCUCGGAUCGUGGAGAAGGCGCGUGAAAGGGUCAUACGAGGCUGCACCUUUUUGAAAGACAUGAAAACACAGUGGCCCAUGGCUGAGACUUGGUUCGAAACCAUCAAGCGCAUGCAAGCGUACUAUCGCUCCGUGCUUGGCCAGGAUGCGCCAGCCUCGGCCGAAGAGCGCAAGGCACUGCGGCGCGCCAUGAUCGACUACGGUGCCCUCCAGCCUUCGCCAGUGCAGAAGCCAGCCGAGUCGAACAAGGGCCCUGACACUACCAUUGUGCAGACGGUCAUCUCCCCGCCGCCGCACGAAAACAAAUUCCUCAGCGUCACACUGGCAUCCGAGCCACUGGUCACGCGGCCCACAUCAACGCCCACACCAAACAGCUACAGCAAUGCCUACUCGUGGAACGCGUCGAACGCGAUUCUGCCGCUGGAGGCCGACGAUACGUUCAGUUUCGAAGGGUUCGAUCUGAGCAAUGCCGACAUGGAAGAGAUCAUGAUGAAUGCUACGCAAGACUUCUGGGCUAGCUUUCCUGGUGAAGUGGGCGUUGGGUAUGGAAACGACCACGCUAGCAGUUAG